AUGGCAGACAUGGAUAAUUUCCGGUGGUUUCAGAACCCACGCAUCAGAAGCCGGCCAUUAGAACCUCUCCACCAGAACCUCCCCAUUAGAACCCACCCAUCAGAACCUUCCCACCAGAACCACCCAUCAGAACCCGCCACCAGAACCCACCCAUCAGAAACCUCCCUAUCAGAACCCACCCAUCAGAACCUCCCACCAGAACCCACCUCAUCAGACCCUCCCCAUCAGAACCUCCCCACCAGAACCACCUCAUCAGAACCUCCCCAAUCAGAACCAACCCCAGACCCCCCCCCCCCAUCAGAACCGCCCACCAGAACCUCCCCACCAGAACCCCUCACCCAGGCAGCGCGUCAGCGUCAUGGGAUAGUGAAUUGCCUCCCAGGAUGUCGUCAAGUUCACCGCUGCUAA